GCCGAGGCGCGGGCGGCGUCCAUCCUCGUCGAGGCGGAGUCGCGCCUCGCGACCGAGCGCGCACGCGCCGCUCAGCUAGAGGGGAGUGCGGCCGACGCCCGCUGCGAGAAGGAGGCGGCCCUUGCCGCCAACGAGCUGCUCGGCGAGCGGCUGCGGGCGGCGGCGGAGGCGGAGACGGGCGCCGUCGCGCUGGCGCGGCGCAAGUACGACGAGGAGGCGCGCGGCGCCUCGCUUGCCGAGGCGGUCGCGCACGCCGUCGAGGCGGCGGUGGGGCACACGCAGUCGGUCGCAUUUGUGGACAAGUGCCGCACGCUGGACGAGGUCAUCGAGGCGACGCGCGAGGCGGCGGCGAGGGAGAGCGCCGCCGAGGCGGCGGUGCUGCGCAACGAGCUCUUUGCCGAGGCGGCCGCCCGCUCCGCCGCCGAGGAGGAGGUGCGCUCGCUCAAGCGGCAGCUGGCCGAGCGGCGCGCGUCCGGCUCCGCCGGGCUGCUCCCGGCGGCGGAGGUUGAGAUUGUCGCGUCGAUGGCGGCGGAGGCGGCGCGCAAGAAUGGCGGCGAGGAGGGCCGGUCGGGCGACCUCUCGCGCCGCCUCGACGAUCUCCGCGCCACGGUCGCGGAGCAGCGCGCGUGCCUUGAGCGCACCAUGGCGGACCGCUCGGCCGCGGCGUGGGACAUGAUGCGCCUCCUCUCCGCCGCCACGGCGGUCGGGGGAGGCGGCGUCUCGCAAGAGCCGAGCGAUGCGCGGGCGAGCUGCCCCGUGUGCAACCCAUAG